AUGCCGCCCUUUAAAGACGAGCAGAUAAUCGUAAGUCCUGCGUCGCCUGUCUUUACGUUUUCAGGAGCACUAAUCCUUCUCAAACAGAUCAUCGCGCCCGGCUCAGAGACGACCGUCGCGCAGCUGGGCCUUCCCGAGAGCUUCACCCCCGCUCGGCUCAGGGUGCGCUCGCGCAUGUUCCCCGCUGAGAAGGAAGGAGAAUGGGAGCCUUAUAAAAUUCGCCGGCGGAACGAUAAGCCUGAAGCAUCUGCCGCCGAGCCGCAAGACGGCGCCCCGGGAAGCGGCGAGAACAAAACGAACGGCACCGAAGAAGACGUUGUCUACGAAGAAGAUCGUGUCUCUGAAGAGGGGGCCGUAUGGCCAAUACAGGAAGGCAAGAUCGUCGACUGGUCAUGCUUCUUCGCCCUCAUUACUCAUGUAUACAACGCGCUGAAUCCGCCGUUUCACACGCCCAUACUCCUUAUCGCGCAGCCUGUAUGGACACCCAAGGAGCACGAGAAACUCACGCAAUUCUUCUUCGAGAAGUUCAAGACCCCCGCUUUUGGCCUUAUGGACGCUGCGCUCGCAUCUAGCUGGGCGUAUGGUGUACACACAUCGACGGUCGUGGACAUAGGCAAGGACAAGGUGGACGUCACGGCAAUAAGCGAGUUUAUACCACAUAUACAAGGACGUGUCACGUCUUUGGGCGGCUGCGGAGGAGAAGCGCUUACACAAGCUCUCUUUGCGAAGCUUUCAUCAAGAAGCUGGAGUCGGGAGAUGUGCGAGCAGCUCAAGAAAAGCCCCAUUUGCGAGAUUCUCCCGGCCGGUACUCCCUUGCCGGGUACCAAAGACGUGGGCGAGGAAGAGACCAUAACAAAUCUUGCUGCUGCCGCAUCAACAGGCGCGCCAGGCUCAGGACCCGCGGCUGCUUCCACGAUUGGCAAUGUACCGCGAGGUCCUGGCGCGGACACUGAGGUUGGCGACGAUAACAAUGCCGAUGAAGAGGGCGUCUUGGACGUGGCAAGCAUCGUCACUGGAGGCAAGAUGGAGGAGUACCUGGCGAAGAAGGAGAAGGAGAAGCAGGAAAAGGCCAAUGCGAAGAAGAAGGGUGGCGCAGAAGCUGCUGCUGCCGCCAACGCAAACAAACCGGUCAGGCUGCCCAAUUCGAAGCGUGCGAAGGCAACAUUUCUUUACGAGGAUCAUCGCUUGCUCGACAACCUCAAGAAUAUGAAUUUGGGAAGUGAGAAGUUGGCAGAAAUGCAGAAUCAGCUCGAUGAGGGUCCGCAAAGGCAUGGCGAAAGCGCGAAUGGAGAAACGACAUCAGCUGCGGAGGCUAAUGGGCAUGUCGAUGCGAACACCAAUGCCCGGUCGGGGCCGAUCAGAAGGGAGCUCGAAGUGGGCACGGAACGUUUCCAGGCUGCCAGCAGCGGUGUGCUAGAGAAGAUAGCAGACGCUGUGCACCGGACUAUCUCUUCUGUAGACGAAGUCAACAAGCGUAGCGAGCUUUGGGAUUCCUUGAUCAUCUGUGGUAACGGGUCAAGAGUUCGAGGCUUCAAGGAGGCUCUCCUCGCCGCCAUUCAAUCGAAAUAUCUCAUUUCGCCCUCAUCAGCUACGAUGUUCACCUCCGAGAUCCCCUCCAACAUCUCCACGCCCACCGGCACCGGCGCCAACACACCCCAGCCGCAGCUCGGACCUCACGGCGGCGCUCCCUCUCACGUCAAUCCUCUCCUCUACGCCGCCACUACCGCCCAAACACAACAUCUCAUGCCUCACAACCCCACCUCUCACCUACCAGGCCUAUCACACAACGCGCACUCGUCGCACGGUCAGACACCCACAUCCAUCAAGCUAGUGAAGCCGCCAGAGUACUUCCCGGAAUGGAAGGACGUCGGCUUCGACGAGUCGGCCUUCUUGGGCGCCCAGGUCGCUGCCAAAGUCAUCUUCGUGGUGGACCAGGGGCAGAGCAAGGGAUACAUGACAAGGCCGGACUACAAUGAUCAGGGGCCGACUGGUAUUCACGACUAUGCGUUGUGA